AUGGAGAGCAUAAUUCAAUACGCCAAGCGCACCAUUGAUCAGUUGAAGCGCAUCAGCAAUGGCGAUUACCUAACAGAUAAAGCAAAGGAGCAGUGGAAGAUGCCCGCCAAUGAAUACAAAAGUCGAGAAGGGGACGAUAUAUCCAAAGCUGUCAUGGCGAAAAGUGACACGUUUCGCGUCGAAAGCGACAGAUUUGCGUUCGAGAGUACGCUGCGCAAUCUGGUGCGUUCGGAACUGGACAUGAGGUGUUUGUCCAAAAUACUGGCGAAGGGCCGUUCGGUGCGGAUUCCGCGUUUAAUUGUUGGCUCGUGCAAAUUGUUCGGCGAAUGCCGCGGAAGUGAACUGAUUAUCAAGUGCAAGCAGGGGAAACGGCGAAUGGCGCUCGAAGACUCGAAGAGUUCUCAAUUCGAAAUCAUACUUAAACUAGUACCGAAUGAAACAGAAAAGCAAGACGUUGUUGGCCCCGUACUUAUUUUCGAACAAACAUUGCCUUGCAAACAAAACGAACCGUUUUUACCUCUAGAAUACAAACAUUCACGCGCAAUAACUAACAAUAUUGAUAUGCAAAACGAAUUGACUAUAACCGAGAUUGAUGGAUCCGACUUUGAAGCGAGUUCACCUAACGUAGAGGGCGAUUUUAAAUAUCCAAUAGGAUUGCCAUUCAAGUCUGAAUCAUCUGAUACAGCCAACACACAAAGCUCAGUGCUUUGCAUCAGCGACAUUUCUUUGCCACUAUCUGACCCCAUGGCCAAUUGCUAUAGCGAUAGACAUAUUUAUAAUGACGACGAAUCUUCAACCACAACGAAAGCAUCAUGCACUAUGACUCCAGAUGAUCUGUUUUGCACAAUACAACAGUUUAACGCACAAACAGCCCUAUUAGAAGAUAUUGAAGAAUGUCCUCCAAUCAAAAAGAAGUCUCCCACAAAAGUUAGAAUUAAAUCGCCUUACGAAAACAAAGCGUUUGCCAUCGAGGAAAGGAAAAGGAGGAAGCUAUUGGAAAUUAGAGAAAGGCGCGAGAAGAGGAAAAAGGCACUGAGCGAAAACUGUAAAGUGACAAAACAUAAAUACGAAAAAACUGUUGAUAAGGAAAAGAAAUUCAGUGAUUUGAUCGAUGACGCGUUGAGGGAAUCCAGAGGGGAAGCAGUUAAGGGGCCUUCUAAACCCUAUACAAGACUGGAGAGCUUAGCCCAGCCAAAGAGAUUCGCCAUCGGCGCGCAGGAAGAAAUUAAAUCUAGACACGGAAAACAUUCUCUUCAAGAUAAAACGCCGCAAUUCGCGCCGCGUACAUCUUUGUUGGAGAAACCUUCCUCACCCUUGACUAGUUCAAAAGCAAGGCAGAAAACAAACGAUCAGGAAUGCGGCAGCCCAACUAAAUCAACAAACACAAAUUACAUCCCACCCACGGGUACGAAAAGACCUAAA